AUGGACUCCGGGUUUGGUGAGCCACCUUUUGCUGGUGGAGAUUUACACAACAGUGCAGCUGUUACGUCGCGGGCCGAUCCUGCGAGCGAUGGUGCUGGCUCUGGUGGUGUGGACCCAUUUGGACGUUUGGACCUUGCAUUGGACUUAGAACCUGGUUUUCUUUUGGAACACAAAGAUGGCUGUUUGCAGAACACAUCAGAAGGUUACUCUCCUGGAACAUUUGAAGAUACAGAUGCAGUUCCAGCUGUCGACAUGAAGGUCUACGAUAGAGAACGGGUGCUGGACAACUCUUGGCUUCAACUUGAACCUAAACCUGUGGAAUUUUUCUGGGAAAGUGGUUUUUGGGCAGAAAUUUUUGGAGCGGCUGACAGUGAGAGCACAACAGAUUUGGUUUCAAAACAAUUUUCAUUGCACAGACCUGCAGUGGUUUCUGAACCCGUUAUGGAACGUAGCUUGGAGGAACCGGCAGGGAGCUCAGAGGUGCCAGGCAAGCGUUUGAAGGAAACGACAGUGGUUCUUGAUGCAAGUGAGUUGAAUGGGGAAGCCAUUGACCUGGUUUCCGACUACGCCACGACGUGCAGCGAGAGCAGCAGUGGAGAAGAGGCCGUGGUCUUACCAAAGGCCGUACCCGUUACAGCAGGUACAGACGAGACGUCGACAAUGCAGAGGGCGGAAUCUUGUCGCAAAGCGCAGGAUGCCAAUGAGGCUAGUUUCAACCUAGAUGCUGCAAAGAGGACAUUGCAAUCUUUGCAAAGCAAAAGUGUUUCACAGCAAGAUGGCAGCACAGUCAGUCCAACCGACAGGCUCUCAGGGAAGUCGCUGAAUGAGGUGUUGAUGGUGGAAAUAUAUGCCGGGUCAGCCCGGUUAGCACGUGCCUGCAGACACAUUGGCUGCCGUAGCGUGGCAGUGGACAAGACAUCGGACAGAUCACACGGUACAAAAAUUUUUGUUUGUGAUGUGACAAAACCUGAAGAGCUGGACAUGUUGGAAAAGUUUUUGCAAGCGGAGCAGCAGAAUCUCGGGGAGAGUCUCCACAAGCAUAAGAGCUGGCAACCUAAAGUGAUCGACGGGAAAGUGCAAUACCCGACAGCGGAGGAAGCAGCCUAUCCAAUUCUCUUGUGUGCUAGAAUGGCGGAGAUCGUCCGCGACCAACUGCUGCAGCUUGGAGUGGUGGAUGUGGAUAACUUGGAGCAACAGAUACAAGUCGAACACACAUCAUUAAACAGAGUGGUCCUGUCAGCACUUCCAAGGGGAAAGAAGUUCAAGCCGCUGGUUUCAGAAUAUGGUCAGUACCAUACAGUUGUGCAUGCACCUCAGGUUGAAAAUCCCACUGAUGUGGUCCCUGCAGGGGCAAAACUGGUUCAUCAACGUCUUGCACAAAGGGGCGAGGUUCGGGUUGAUGAACAAAUUUGUCACUCUUCAAUUGAUGGCAUGUCUGGACAGGAAGAAGUCAUGGUAUCGCAGUAUGGGGUACCCAGGGCACCGUUGGAUUUCUGUGAAAGAGCUGUAAAGUGUGGCCAUCCGAGAGGUAUGGCUGUUCAUUUACCACAGCUGGCGAAGGAGGUCAUUGAACAAAACUUGACAGAGGAGCCGGCAGAACUUGCUUUGCAUAGGUGCAGGGAGCUCACCAAGUGGACAAUUAGGGCAGGACAGCUUAAAGAACAAGAAAAGAAAUACAAGGGCGGCUUGCCACAACACAUGCAAGCGCUGCUGCAGAAGAAGCGGCUUCUCUUAUUUAAGGAGAUGUUGGAAUCAGUCAACUACCCAGACAAACAACUGGUGGAGGAUUUAGCACGAGGUUUCAACAUAACUGGGUGGCAGGACAAGACAGGGGUUUUUCCACAGUGUGUCAAAAGGCCUCAGUUUUCUUUGGGGACGUUGAAACAAAUGGCACGUGGCUUAAACAAAGCCAUCUUACAACAGUUGCGCGAAGACAAAGAUGAUGCGGAGCUGGUCCAAAAAACCUGGGAGAAGACGCUCGAGGAAGUUAACCUCGGAUACAUAUGGCAUGAUGAGCACGCUGACCCCAUGCAGUUUUUCCUUGCGAAACGUUUUGGACUGGUUCAACGAGCUGGCAAGUUGAGAGUGAUUGACGACUGCUCCAUAGGGGGCAUAAACUCUACGAUGGGAGCAGUGGAGAAGUAUAGGGUUCAUGCCAUGGAUGAGUGUGCGGCUUUUCUUGCAUACAUGGUUGAGUUUGUGCAAAACGGACAUGGGGUUGAAGGCGUUUCUGGACGCACAUAUGACUUGAAACACGCGUACAAGCAGUACGGUAUAUCAGUGGCAGACCGUGACACUAUCCGGUUAGCAGUCCGAAAUCCGCACACAAAUGGAGUGGAUCUGUUUGGAAUAAAUAGCCUCCCCUUUGGGGCUUCUGGGUCCGUGGGGGGCUUCCUCAGAGUCAGCCUGGCCAUUUGGUACAUUGGCAUGGCGAUAUUCAGGUUGGUAUGGACAGCGUUUUUCGAUGACUACACAGUUUUUGCAAGGGACGCCCUGGUUUCCAACACGUCUAAGACGGUGGAGGCCAUUUUCGAUCUGCUUGGCGUAGAAUUUGCAAGAGACGGUGAUAAAGCUUGUGAGUUUGCAAAGCGUUUCAAGAGUUUGGGUGUGGAAAUAGACCUUCAGACCUUUGGAGCUGGAGUGGUGCAACUGGGCCACACCAAGGAAAGGCGGGAAGAGCUUAGUUUGGUGCUGCAAGAAAUUCUUAAGGAAAAAAGCAUCACUUCAAAACAAGCUGAGUCCAUGCGGGGACGUCUUCACUGGUUUGAGUCUUUUGCUUUCGGAAGGGUGGCAAACAGCGCAGUCAAAGUUCUUGGAGAACUGGCGUUGAGUGGUCGCAAAAGAAUCACUCUAUCAGAGACCGACAUGACGGCCCUUAGUUUUCUGUGCGAGCGUGUGCUGACCGCGCCGCCUCUGUCCAUUACACCAGCAUGUUUGCAGUCGUGGGUUAUUUUUACAGACGGAGCUUGUGAGGGCCCGGAUGACAACAAACAAGGUGGCGUGGGGGGCGUGCUUGUUGACCCGCUCGGUCGAGUGGUCUCUUUCUUUGGUGGUGUGGUGCCAGUGGACAUCAUGCGAUGUUUGUUGCAGAAGUCCAAAAACCCCAUCUACGAGCUGGAGGUCCUUCCGGUUCUGGUGUCUGUUUGGCUGUGGAAAGGCAGGAUAAACCUAGCUCAAGUGUGCUGGUACUUGGACAACGAAGCUAGCAGAUCCGCUUUUAUUAAAGGCCAAGGAGCCACACCACUUGCGGCUUGCAUGGUUGAUGCUUUUACCGCUGAAGAGAUGAAGCUGCAAUUGAAGUCGUGGUUUGCCAGGGUACCGUCAUUGUCGAAUUUGGCGGAUUCACCAAGCCGGCUAGAGGAUAAACUCCUUCUAGAACUGGGCGCAGUGAAAGGGCCUAUAGACUGGCUGGCAAUGGGCAAGGUUCUUGGGCUGGAUCUCGAAAUGGGGGAUAGGACGGCAGCUUGA